AUGCACAAGCAGCAGUAUCCAGUCCUCAAAGUGGGCUGCCGUUUUGGGGUGUUUUCUCCAACAAGAAAGGAGCUUGGCCAUGGAAAUGGCUCUGUAGGAGAAAGAUGUGGAUUGCCUGAUGCCUUAUUAUUUGUUCUGUCAGUUUUUUUCAGGAAGAUCUUCAUCUUGCAACUGGUAGGGCUGGUGCUAACCUACAAUUUUGCUGACUGUGACUUUGAGAAGAUUAGAGAGAAGUAUCAGAAAGUCAUUUUUCCAGCCCUGGAGGGAUAUAUGAGUGGAAUCAAAAGUACCGAGUCCAACCACACCGUCUACUGUGGAGACCGGCCGGGGUGUCUCGCUGAAAUCAAGCACCUUACCUUCAGUUCCACCCAAGAAUGCCCGUUACUCGCCAAGGAAAUCUUGACAAAAACUAAUGCUAUCCUCACUCACCAUUGCCCAGGCUACUCCGGUAUUCAGAUAAAUAAUACCCAGGCAAUGAAGAAAAGAAAGAAAAGAGAAGUCACAGCAAACAAAUGCCUUACACAAGUCUCAAACUUAAUAGAAUUGUGGCGUCAUUUCAGUCGCUUCCGUAGAAACAAAUCUUCAUUAAAGUCAUAUUUCACAGCAACAAAAUAAAUUAUCUUUAGUAGGUACAUAGAACAUUAACUCUAACUGUGACAUUUCAAAGACCACUAUGGUUAUUUUUUAAUUGCAGAAGAGUUCCUUAACUUAUUUUUGUAAGCUUUUAUUGUUUAAUAUAGGUUUGCAAU